CAGGCGUAUUUGGCCGCGGCCGGGUUGACCGGCGUGUGGAGUCUCAAACUCGAAGGAGGCUGUACGGAAGCCUCGUCACGCCGCCGAAGCACCUUGACGGUUCGGGACGAGCGCGCCCCGGCAGCCGCCAAAGCAAAAAGCGGACGCCCUCGGCGCGCCUGAGCGGCGCCCGAGGCCCGCGCCCGCAACAAACAAAAAAGGUGACUCGCGCCGCCCGCCCUAGACUACGAUGGCCUGCAACCAGUGCUUCUGCCUCGCCUGCGUCCGCACGAACACGGUGGCCCUCGUCGAAAGGUGCGGCAAAUUCCAGGCCAUCAAAGGCCCGGGCUGCCAGUGUCUGGUGUGGCCCGUCGAUUCUAUUGUCGGGCGGGUUUCACUGAGAGUGCGGCAGCUCGACGUGAACUGCGAAACAAAGACCAAGGAUAAUGUUUUUGUCAACGUCGUUAUUAGCGUGCAAUAUCAAGUGGUACUCGAGAAGGCCUUUGACGCGUUCUACAAGUUGGCGAACCCCGAGAUCCAGAUCCAGGCCUAUGUCUUCGACGUCGUGCGGUCGGAGCUGCCGAAGAUGGAGCUCGACGAAUCGUUCUCGAACAAGGAACAGCUGGCCAACGAGGUGAAGCACCACCUCGACGAGACGAUGAUGUCCUUCGGCUACUCGAUCAUCAAGGCGUUAGUUACGGAUAUAAGCCCGGACGCGCGCGUCAAGAUCUGUGUGGAAAUCAAAAUUUUACGGCGCGCUCGUGCUGAAUCAUCGCGUCGUCCUCCACGCCAUCGACGCGACGCCUGCUCGAUGGCGUGGCGAUGCCGGUUCCUCACCGCUCGACCGAGGACGGCCGCGUAAUCGGGUGCAACUGGUUGAUUUCCACACAGGUCAAGAUGUCCAUGAACGAGAUCAACGCUUCUCGCCGAUUGAGGGAGGCCGCCAAGGAGAAGGCCGAGGCCGACAAGAUCGUCCAAGUGAAGGCGGCCGAGGCGGACGCCGAGUCCAAGUACCUCUCGGGCGUCGGCGUCGCGCGCCAGCGCCAGGCCAUCGUCGGCGGUCUCCAAGACUCGAUCAUCGAGUUUAGCGGCGAGAUCGCGGGCACGACGCCGAAGGACGUCAUGGACCUGUUGUUACUGACGCAGUACUUCGACAUGCUCAAGGACGUCGGGUCCUCCGGCAGCGGCGGCAAGACGUUAUUUCUGCCGCACGCGCCGUCGGCCGUCGGCGAUCUGCAGGAUUCGCUCAAGAACGGGCUCAUGGGGUCGCUGAACAAGUAGUCCCGCGUAGUAGGCGUAAUCGUCUUCUUCCUUU